ACGGCUGGAGCCCCGUGAUGUGGUUUGGUGUGGGGGAGGAUAGCACCAGCCAGAUAAACACUCAGUAUUGGUUUGCAGAGCAGGAGUAACAUGGCGGCACAGUUAGCCAGCAGAAAUGUUGUUUCACUACCGCGAAGGUCAGGGCUGCUUCUAAUUAACAGAAUAUAACAGCGAAGACACAGCCGAAAGUAUUAAAUCUCCACAGAUCAAGGCCUGGACUGAGACUUAGCAUGUGACAGCAUUAAAGCCCAGAGGAAAUUCCUCCAGAGGAUGAGAACUAAGAGCCCUGCAGGAAAGGGAAAAGGAAAAGAGGAAGCUGGGAGAAGUGGAUGAUGCUUAAAGCUUUCCUAGCAUUACCGUCUUGCAGCAAUGGCCUGAGGGACUCUCUGGACUGAAACCAAGACGCUGAUAUGCAUUGAAGAUGAGUGGAGUCGGUGAAAACUCCUCUGACCCUGCCAGGGCAGAGUCACGUAAACGCAAAGAAUGUCCUGCCGAGCUUCUAGGACCCAGUCCAAAGCGGAGCAAUGAGAAGCGCAACCGUGAGCAUGAGAACAAGUACAUCGAAGAGCUCGCCGAGCUGAUCUUUGCCAACUUCAACGACAUCGACAACUUCAAUGUCAAGCCUGACAAAUGUGCAAUCCUGAAGGAAACUGUGAAACAAAUCAGACAAAUAAAGGAGCAAGAAAAAGCUGCAGCAGCAAAUGAGGAGGAGGUACAGAAGGCCGAUGUCUCAUCAACAGGCCAAAGUGUGAUUGACAAAGAUGCCUUGGGACCAAUGAUGCUGGAGGCCCUGGACGGCUUCUUCUUCGUGGUGAACAUGGAAGGUAACAUUGUGUUCGUGUCUGAGAAUGUGACCCAGUACCUACGUUACAACCAGGAGGAGCUGAUGAACACCAGUGUCUACAGUGUGCUGCACGUCGGUGAUCAUGCUGAGUUCAUCAAGAACCUGCUGCCCAAAUCCCUAGUGAAUGGCGUCCCAUGGUCCAGCGAGGGCCCGAGGAGGAACAGUCACACAUUCAACUGCCGAAUGCUCGUCAAUCCCCACAGCGAGAGCCAGGACGAGCCUCAGCAGCAGAAAUACGAGACCAUGCAGUGCUUCGCCGUUUCAGAGCCCAAGUCCAUCAAGGAGGAAGGAGAUGACUUUCAGUCAUGCCUGAUCUGUGUGGCUCGCAGGGUACCCAUGAAGGAAAGACCAAUGCUUCCCACGCAAGAGAGCUUCACCACGCACCAGGACCUGCAAGGUAAAAUAACAUCCCUGGAUACCAGUCUCCUGCGGGCAUCCAUGAGACCAGGCUGGGAGGAUCUGGUGAGGCGCUGCAUCCAGAGGUUCCACCUACAGAAUGAUGGAGAGAUGUCUUUUGCUAAGAGACAUCAGCAGGAAGUGCUCCGCCAUGGCCAAGCGUUCAGUCCCAUCUACCGGUUCUCCCUCUCUGAUGGAACCAUCGUGUCAGCCCACACCAAGAGCAAACUGGUGCGCUCGCCCGCCACCAACGAACCACAGCUUUACAAGUCCCUGCACAUUGUACAGAGGGAACAGACAGUAUGUGGAAUGGGCCAGGAUAUGGGUCCUGGAAAUCAGGCCACAGGCAUGGCUCCAAAACCGAUAAACUCCUCCACUCCCUCCAUGACUCCUCCAACCCCAGGCAGUUUACCAGGUUCAGGGCCUCAGGGCCAAGACACUACCAUCAGCAGCAACAGCACGCCUUUUUCCCCUCCAGUUCCUGCUGGCCCCAGAGAACCAGCAGCCAUGGGCCAUAUGCAGGGCUACCGUUUUGGCUGUCCCCCACCACAUACCCACACUGGGGGCAUGCAACCACCACAGCAGGGCCCAAACUGGAGGAUGAACAGCCCCUCUCGUGCUAGCCCCAGUCCGGCCGGAGGGCCCUAUCCACCUCAACAGAACUCCAUGCUGUCACCCAGGCACCGAGGUAGUCCUGGGGGGGCAGGCAGCCCUCGUGUAGCAGGAGGCCUGCACUCACCAUCCCCAGUGGGGAUGUGUGGUGGAGGACCUGGAGGAGCAGGCAGUAGUAGCACGACUAAUGCCCAUGCUAACAGCUACACUAGCAGUUCCCUGUCAGCUCUGCAGGCCCUAAGUGAGUGCCAUGGUGUAGGACACGGACAUGGGCCCCCUCAUGCACAUACACUGGGGUCUCCAGACCGGAAAAUAGGCUCCACAGCAGGGGUCACACCAGGGUCAGGGGUAAACUCUCAUCUGAUGUCAAAAAUUGGAGGAGGCAGUGGUGCUGCUGGUGGUACAGGAGACUCAUUUGGCCCUCACACAGAGGUGGGUCAGGGGCACACCCAGGGCACGACAGAGAGCAACCUAGCUGAGCCCAAGGAGGAGAGGGAAGGCCCCCCUGAGGGCCACGACACUCAUAACCAUCUUCAUGACAACAAGGGCCACACCAAGCUACUACAAUUGCUCACCACCAAGCCAGAGCCUCUAGAGACACCGCUGUCCCCUGGCACAGGAGGUGAGGGCAAGGACCAGACUGGGACAGGGGUCCGCGGCGGUCACACGGGAGGGAACACUCAUGCCACAUCCCUCAAAGAAAAACACAAGAUCCUUCACCAACUGCUUCAGAACAGUACAUCUCCUGUAGACCUGGCCAAACUAACUGCAGAAGCCACAGGCAAAGAGCUGGGCCAAGACCAAACCCAGGGUGCUGGUAGCACAGCUUCUGGGGCAGAAAUUGCUCUUAAACAGGAACCCUUGAGCCCCAAGAAGAAGGACAAUGCCUUGCUACGCUACCUACUGGAUAAGGAUGACACUGUAUUGAAGGACAAGGUCCCUAAGAUGGAGCCUGGGGAGGUGAAAGUCGAAGGGAGCAAAAACACCCAUGUUAAGGCAGAGAAACAAGACUCAGGAUACGACCGGGCUGAGCAGUCGUCAGAGCUGGAUGACAUCCUGAAUGACCUGCAGAAUGCUCAGCCACAGCUCUUCUGUGAGCCUCGGCCUGUUUCGCUGCCCAGUCCCAUGGACAAACAGAACAUCAUCAAUGACAUCCUGCAGAUGUCAGAGACCAAUCCCACCAUGAUGGCACAGCAGCAACACCGAGGCAUCAGCACUGGAAUGGGCCCAACUAACUUUGGGAGUGUCCGACCAGGCCAGCCAGCUAGGGGCCUGCCUGUGAGGAGCUUGUCUCUGGACAUGAAUGUGUCCCCUCAGCAGCCCUCAUUACAGUACCCGAUAAGGGCCACAAGCCCAUACACUCUUAUGCAGCAGCAACAGCAGCAAACCAUGGUGGGAAGUCACAGCAUGAUGGCUAACCAGGCCGGUAUGGUCAACACAGGACUCAUGGCUCCAGGUGGUUCACGGCCGGGCAUGCAGCAGCAGGAGGGCUGGGUGGGUUCAGCCUCUGCCCCUCCUCUGGGAACAUCAGGCUCUGGGCAGCAAGGUGCCAUGCAGGGCAGGAUGGGGCCAAACAGUGCUCCCAUGAGGCCCAACAGCCAGCCAGGGCCCCGGCAAAUGCUCCAGUCCCCAAUGAUGGCCAAUGCCCAACCUGACGUGGAUAUUGGUAUGGUUGGCCACCAUUUCUCGCAGCAUCAAUGUCCUCCCAACCAGACAGCCCCAUGGCCAGACAGCAUGAUGCCCAUCGACCAGACAGCAUUUGUAAACCAGAAUAGGCCGGUGCACUCAGCGCCCCAGGAUGACUUGUUGUGCAUUACAGGGCUCAGCUCUGGUGAUGGCAGUGCAGUGGACGAGGGGGCACUCAUGUCCCAACUGUACACCGCCCUAAAAGAUUUUGAUGGCUUGGAGGAGAUUGAUCGUGCCCUCGGGAUCCCUGCUCUGGUAGAACAGAGCCACUCCCUGGAGCCGGACCAGUUCCCCCAGGACCCCUCGAUGAUGUUAGACCAGAAGCCCCCCAUGUACACGCAGCAAUUCGGCCCCCCACCAUCCCAUUUGGCACAAAGGGGCUACCCUGGUGCUCCCAUGCAAGAGCCAGGUUUCCAUCCUAUGUCUGGGCAGAUAGGUCCACGGCUGGGUUACCCCAUGAUGAGGAUGCAGGCGCGGCCCGGACUCAGGCCCACCGGCGUCGUCCCCAACCAACCCAACACACUACGGCUGCAGCUUCAGCACCGACUACAGUCACAGCAGCAGAACCGUCAGCCAAUGAUGACUCAGAUGAGUAGUGUGUCAAAUGUGAACCUACCUCUUAGAGCCAAUGCGCCAAACCAGGGGACCAUCAAUGCUCAGAUGUUGGCACAGCGUCAGCGUGAGCUGCUGAGUAAUCACCUGAGACAGAGGCAGCAGCAGCAGCAACAGGUCCAGCAGGCCCAGCAGGUCCAGCAGCAAAGGAGCAUGGCCAUGAGGGGCCCGGGCCUCAAUCUUCCUCCCAACAUGGCCGCCGGAGGCAUGAGUAACCCCCGGAUCCCCCAGGCCAACCCCCAGCAGUUCCCCUACCCACCCAGCUACGGUACCAGUACAGGCCUGGCCUCGCCACCUCCCCCUACCAGCCCCUUCUCCUCCCCUCUCUCCCCCAGCCUGCCCUCUCUCCCCCCAAACCCUCAGCUCCACCUGCAUGGCACCUCCUCCUCUUCCUCCACCUCCUCCUCUUCCUCACAGAUGAUGAUGGGAAACACAAACAUGAUGGGCGGACAGUACGGGGCCGUACUCAGCCCCCAAAUGCAGCACAGUGCCUUUCAGUUUCCCAACUCAGGUAUGAGCCAACAGGCAGAUGGAGGCUUUGGAGGUCCUGGCACACCACAGAGCCCCCUGCUUUCUCCCCGCAUGGCCCACACACAGUCCCCAAUGAUGCAGCAGGGCCAAGGAAAUUCUGCUUUCCAGGGCUCCCCUGACAUGAACGGCUGGCCACAGGGCAACAUGGGAGGCAACAGUAUGUUUUCACAGCAGCAGGCAUCACCACAGUUCACCCAGCAGCAUAACAGCAACAUGUACAAUGGCAAUGGUACGAACCUCAACAAUGUCUCCAUGACCACCAACAUGGCAACCAGCAGCAUGAGCAGCAUGGGCCAGAUGUCCGGACAGAUGAGUGUCACGUCCAUGGCCUCUGGGCCCUCACCAAGCUUGCCCUCCAUGGGGCAAGAACAGAAGUACUGUUGACCCUAAUGGAGUUCUUAACCUGAACCUCAGUGAUCAGCUGGUGCAAGGAGCACGUCGGCCCUUUAAAAAUUGUACAAACAUGUAAACCAACUGACGGCCCUUGAACCAGCCAGGCCAUGCCCUGACCCUGUCUCUCUAGCCCAAAUUUGCUGUCUGUCCCGGCUGGGCCUCUUCAGCCCUGGAAGAGUCCGGCGACGAACAGACACAGGAGUGUGAAGAGGGCUGGGGAAGGAUCGUGGAUCUCUGUCCAACAUGCCUAACCCUCCUGGAGGAGAGCCUCUUGAUGAGCCAGUCUGUCUGCCUGUCCAGCUGCAUUCACCGUAGUGUGACUUACUGUAGGCCUCCUGUUGGGGGAUACUGACUUAAGGGGGCAGCAGUGGGUGGGAUCCCUCGUGCUGAUGAAUGUACUCCUCUCAGUGGACAGCGGCCAUUUACAAUCUCAUCUCAAAAACAAUGUACACUGAUUUUUUUCUUUCUUUCUUUUAUGUCCUACUUUUCUCACACAGUUGUGACAUUUCCACAUAGUUCCAAAAUGGCAGCAAAGACUCUAAGUUAUGUUCAGAAUUUUGGAUGGAACCCAUCACUUAGCCAGUUUUGCCUUUUUUGCUGUUGUUUAUUUUAUAAUUAUUAUGUUAGUUUUUUUUUCUCUUCUUGUCAGAAAUAAGAUGUAGAUUGAAGAUGUGGUUGAAAAAACUGAUCUUGAAAAACACUGCAGAAGAAUAGUUUGAGUGGAAUGGUGAUUUGUAUGAUUAGACUAAUUUAGUCAAGAGGUUUCUAUAGUGUAUUAAAUUAAGUUUUAUUUUUCUGUAUAGAUUCAUUUUAAUUAUGUAGAUGAUUCUUUAUCACAGAAGCAACAAGAAAAAAUAUUUCUAAAAGUGUGAAAGAUGCACUUUUUUUUAUAAUUUUAACAGUGAUGGUUGUAUGGUUGUAUUCCUUCUGAGAAGAUUCUUCUAUUAACCUGGAUAAUGGAUUAUACUUUGGUCAUGUAGAUUCAGAAGAAGAAGUCAAAGUCAAAUAUGGUUUAAAGAUGAAUUACAGAGAUUGUAAAUACCAAUAAGUAAAACAUUUUCUUUCCUAUUUAUUUUAUUCCUUAUGGUUUGGUUCCCCCUGUCUGGUCAAAACUGCCUCUUGAAGCAGAGCAGGUUUUUUUGUUUUUAUUCUAUUUUAUUUUUACAUUUUUUUUUUUUUUUUUUUCCUUUUUUUGUUGUGUUUUUGGGAAGUGGAGUGGGAGCCUUCGUGUUCUGAUGUUCUGGUACGAUGCAGACAGGGGUGGGGGUGGGAAGUAGGGAAGGGUUGUAAGGGGGUGUGCUGUGUAUACAGUGUACAGAUUAUCGCUUGCUUCUCUGCCUUCAGCAUAGAACACAAAAAAAAAAAACAGGACAAAUUCAACACAGCCAUACAAUAACUAAAAAAAAUAACAGGUGUGCUUUCUAUGUUGUCUGGAGUGAAAAAUGCUUCAUUCAAGCUGCUAGGUGCAAACUGUUCUGGUGUGAUGUAAACAAGCAAUAACUAUUACUUGAGAAUCUCUUGGGGUUUUUUUGUGUUUCUGUUUUUGUAAUUUUUGUACAGUUUCCUGAAGAAAAAGGACACAUUUUUGCUCCAUGUUUGGAUGCAGUAUUAAACACCAUUUUUAAUUGCAGUUUGUACCAAGAAAGUCUGCAUCCACACACAGUGUUCCUAUUAGAAUAUGCAGCAUUGGCUGAGGCCUAGAGUGGGAGGUAGUUUGCGAUCCCCCUGUUGACACAUGCCCUCUCUGCCUCCAGCCAUUCUUCUAUAGCAGAGGUCAGAGUUAAGACUGCAUGGUUCAUGAGACCUGCUCUGACAGACACUUAGCCAUAUUUUAUGACCUCAGGCAGUUAGUUCUUGUGCCCCAAUAGGGGUUUGGUUUGACCUUCACAAGAUCUAAAGCAAGUCAUCUUCUCUAACCUCAGAAGUACAUUUUCCUCAAAGAAACAAAACUUUUGUAUCAACUAUUUAACCCAGGACAGACUUGGAGCAAAGCCAAAUAAUCCUCACCUUUCAAUUGGAUUUCUGAAUUCUACCAGCUUUUAUUUUCAUAGUGCGUGACAACCUGUUGGUUAGCACGCUUUGAGGCCCACAGAAAACAAGAAAUCUAUGAUGAUGUCACUUAACAGGGUCUAAUGUAGAUGUUGCAGCAUAAAACAGGAACAGAAUCAUUCUGAAUGUAUUGUCAUUAAAGGCAUAAGGAUGUGACUGAUGGUGUUUCUUGUCAACAUGUCGACAACAUGGUGUUGUACAGUUACACCAUGCAUUUCUCAGCAUUUACGAAGAAAGUUGCCCAUUGAUGCUUCUUUUUUUAAAAAUUAAUUUCUAUGUGAAAUUUGAAGCUGUAGCAAGUCAAAUUUAGGACAAAGGAAGUCUGCAUUAAUGUUUUGGUUGUCAUCAUUGCAGAUGUCAUGCAGUUGUUUUGCUGUAGGCCUACAGGAGAUCACAAUUGCUGUUUUGAUUGUAAAAUACAGCCGCGCAGAACAAGCCUUUGUGAGCCAUUUUAAAGAAUGAUUCAGAGCCCUUUGCAAAUUUCCAAAGAUUGUCAAGAAUUUUGAAGACGUAAAGCCAUGUGGUAGCACUGCAUUUUUUUUUUU